AUGUAUAUUAGGGUGAGUGGAAUAAAUAGCAUGGUGAGCAGACAUGACCUCAGUAGGAUAUUUACAUUUAGGUCACCGAUUUGUAAAGAGAUUUGUGAAUCAGCAAGCGAGCAGUUAUAUUUCUACGAUUUGUUGAGUGAUAUGUACGUUGCAGAGCUACUUAAUGGACAAUGUAUUCUUGAUGAUUUGAAGAUUGAGAUUGUGAAGUUGCAUCUUGAAGAUGAUGAGUAUUCAAAAAUUAUGUCAGAAGGAAGUUCAUGCUGUUUGUGUAUAAUUUCCAGUGAUAUACUUGUUAUUGAGAAUAUAGAAAGAUGCUUUGGGCAAACAGUUAGGUGCUAUAUUCAAGAGAAAGGAUCAAAGAAAAUGCUUAGUGUGAUUGAGUUUAAUCAAAGCGUGGAGGUAAAGAGGCAUGCAGCGAUGGAUUUUGUGUUUAGUUUUGAGGCUUAUAUAUGUCAUGUCGUUUGUAAUAUGUUGUAUGAAUCAAGGAGCCAUGAAUAUUGCCGUAAAUAG